AUGUCAACAGAUGGUGCUGAGAAGUUAGACACUCUGAUCAGAGGCCUCGAUCUUAUUUUGGGAUUAGAUUGGUUAUCAAAGAAUAAUGUUCUGCUCUAUUGCUUUGAAAGAUCACUACAAUUUAUGUCGGAAGGUUUAGAAGGACCGGUGGUGGCGAAUGGAUAUUACUUGAAUUCUGUCAUGGUGAAUUGUAGUAGGAGUGAGUGUUCAAGAUUCAUACUAUUGGCUGCCAGUGUAUCGGGUGAUGAACAAAGUCUGAAUCAGAUUCCAGCUGUGAAUGAAUUUCGAGAAGUAUUUUCUGAGGAUAUACCUGAAUUUUCUCCUUCUCAAGAAAUCAAGUUUGUGAUUGAGUUGGUUUCUGGAGCAGGACCAAUUUCAAUUGCGCCUUACUGA